AUGUCCAUGCAACAGCCAAAAAUCGACCAUAACCUGCUCCUGAACUACGGCGCAAUCAAACUCGAACACAUGGACCUCCUCGACCUGCACCAUCCCCCUCCAGCAAUGGCCCUUGGUGGGGCCGCUGGCGUUUCGGGAUUACCUUCAGUGGGUCUACCUCCCGCCUCGGUGGCUCAAGUGGCCCAGAUCCCCCCACUGGCGCCAAUGAAUGGUUCGACGCAAAAUCACCACCACUCAAGUCAUCUGCGGCCCAGUUACCGCCACUCUGGAAGCUUCACGGGUUUAGCCUUCCAUAACCCGUUCGAUAUGAAUUCAUACCCAAUCACUAAUCCGCCAAUACUCGACUCGACGGUCCUUCCCUACGGCGAUCUGGGCACUCAACGUCGGCGCAUCUCCAUCUCCAAUGGUCAAAUUGGCCAGAUAGUCAACCAUGAAGCCAUCUUCUUGGACGAAGACCUGUUGGACGACUUGAACGACCUCUCGCCUUAUGCGGGAAACCUGAAUGGGCCCAACUCAGGCGGCGUGCCUGACCAACGCAUUAUGCCUUUUGAUGUGGAAGGCUCCCACUCCCAAACUCAUUCGGCCCAACUGCAGCCCUAUGGACAGAUCCCAGCACCGCCCCUGGGUCCCGUGGUGACGGCCCACCAGGGCCACCAGCAUGUGGGUCAUCGCCAGUUCCAGGAGAAUGGACACCUAUCCAAUCUGGCUACGCCGGGCCCCAGCUCUGGCCCCACUGAUGUAAUUUCACAGACCUCUCAGGAUAUGGCAGGGGUCCCUCCCCCCAACCACCAGCUUAUUUAUAACAACGAGGUGAUUUACAACCCUAACAACGGCCCCAUCCCCGGUACCGCUGCAUGGAAGAAGGAAAGGCUUUUGGAGCGCAACAGGAUCGCUGCUUCCAAGUGUCGACAGCGGAAAAAGCAUGCCCAGCAGCAGUUGCAGGACAACAUGGACAAAUCACAAAAGAAGAUUAAGGAUCAGACGGAGCGGCUACAGAAGUAUGAGAAGCUUUUCAGCAUUUACAAUGCGGCGUUGGUCCAGCACUUCCAAACGGGGUCGGACAUUAGCCUUGAGCCUCUCCGUGGGCUAGUUACAUUGCGGAUUGACGAUAUCUCGUUGACCAGCUUGGAGAAAUGA